GGGAGACGAUAUCUUCGAUUAGAUUCUCAGAUCAUUAAAUUACGAUAAAACCCCACCACCUCUCGGUGGGUGUCUCCACAAACUUCAACCCACCUCAUCAUCAUCUUCCAUUUGCUGCUGCUGCUGCUUUUGCUUCUGUGGAGCGAGGAAGAUGGCGACGCACACCGCAUUCCACAGUGCACAAGUGAGCCGCCUCGUCCCCUUCAACCGUGCCCACGCGCUCCUCUACUCCGUCGCCGUCCUCGCCGCCCUCCACCGCCGCCUCGCGGCCCUCCUUGCCCCCGCGACCCUCCUCUCCAUCUCCGUCUCCCUCCCCCUCCUCCUCGCCGACCUCGUCCUCGCCUUCAUGUGGCUCACCUACCAGGCCCUCCGGUGGUGCCCGGUGCGCCGCCGGGAUUUCCCCGACCGACUCGCGCUGUCGGUCGACCCCAAGGACUUCCCCGCGAUCGACGUGUUCAUCUGCACCGCCGAUCCCCACAGGGAGCCGCCGAUGAGCGUCGCCAGCACCGCGCUGUCGGUGAUGGCCUUCGACUACCCAACCGACCGGAUCUCGAUCUAUGUGUCGGACGAUGGCGGCUCGGAGAUCACGCUCUUCGCCUUCAUGGAAGCCUCGAGGUUCGCCAGGUACUGGUUGCCCUUCUGCAAGGAGAAUGGGAUCGUCGUGAGGUCGCCGGAGGCUUACUUCAGAUCCAGCAAUGGCGGAGACUCAGAGAAGAUGAAGCUGCAGAUGAUGUACCAAACUAUGAAGGAGAAAGUGGAGACUGCUCUGGAGAGAGGUUAUGUGGGCAAUGAUCUGGUCUCCUCCCAAGAAGAAGCUGAAGUAUUCAAGAGAUGGAAAGGGCUUCCCAGCCAUGACCACCCAUCCAUGAUCCAGGUUUUACUCGACACCAGCAAGGAUACAGAUAUUAUGGGCAAUGCAUUGCCAAACGUUAUCUAUGUCUCCAGGGAGAAACGUCCAACAUCCGCUCAUCACUUCAAGGCUGGAGCCCUCAAUGUUUUGACACGUGUAUCGAGCACCAUGAGCAAUGGCCCGAUGAUCCUCACAUUGGACUGUGACACAUACUCUAAUGACCCUCGGUCUCCUCUCCGUGCACUCUGCUACUUUCUUGACCCUGCCUUGUCACCUGAUCUUGCCUUUGUACAGUUCCCCCAGAUCUUCCAAGGCCUUAACAAGAAUGAUAUCUAUGCGUGUGAGGUAAAGCGCCUUUAUACCAUUAAUCCAAGGGGAAAAGAUGGUCUUGGAGGGCCUAAUUAUGUUGGCACCGCAUGCUACUUCUCACGACGGUCUUUGCAAGGCACACCAUCAUCAACAUCUCUGGCUCCAGGGGCCAAUGAUCCAUUGUCUUCAGAGUCUGUACUGAGAAAAGCUCAUGAAGUGGCUAGUUGCACUUAUGAACCUGGCACAAAGUGGGGCUCAUCGAUUGGCUUCCGUUAUGGAUCACUUUCAGAGGACUACCACACAGGUUAUCAUCUUCAGUGUGAAGGAUGGAAAUCUGUCUUCUGCUACCCUGCGAGGCCAGCAUUCCUUGGCGAUGUGCCAAAGAAUCUAAAUGAUGUCCUUAGCCAACGCAAGAGAUGGUGCGUUGGGCUGUUCGAGGUGGCCUUCUCAAAGUGUUGCCCCCUGACCUUCGGCACCGUAAAGGCUUCACUGCUAGUGGGUUUAUGCUAUGCACAUGAAGCCUUUUGGGGUAGUUGGUGCAUUCCGAUAACAAUAUACGGUUUUCUUCCACAACUAGCUCUCAUCUACGGCAUCCCCUUGUUCCCAAAGGUCUCAGACCCAUGGUUCUACUUGUAUGCCUACCUCUUUUUCACUACCUAUGGCCAAGACCUUCUUGAGUUUCUUGCAGCUGAUGGAACAAUGGGGAGGUGGUGGAGUGACCAGAGGAUGUGGAUGAUCAUAGGCCUCACAUCUUAUCUAUUUGGAACAGUCCAAUUUGUACUCAAGAAAUUUGGCAUAUCUGCUCAAGGGUUCAAUGUGACCAGCAAAGUCAUGGAGGACGAACAGAGUAAGCGGUACGAGAAAGGGACCUUCGAUUUCGGAGUAGAGUCACCUUUCUUCGUAGUGCUUGGAGCAGUGGCCAUUGUAAACUUGAGCUCUUUGGUGUUAGGGAUUGCAAGAGCUGCAACGAUGGAGGGGGGGUUUGAUGAACUCUUUGUGCAACUGUUCUUAUCAGCAUUUGUCACCGCCAACUGCUGGCCUAUCUACGAGGCCAUGUUUCUGAGAAGCGACGAGGGGAAGCUGCCCAGAAAUGUUACAGUAAUCUCACUGGUAUUAGCAGGUUUCCUUCACUGCAUCGGAUAUCUCAUCUUCCACAAUUGAGGAAAAUGCUGCUUGGUUGCAUAAUCAAGUUGCAAUAUUUGACAUUGGAGAGCAAAGGAACGAUGAGCGCAUACUAAGAUUUUUGCUUGUGUAACUAAGAUCGUCCUAGAAAUGGCAGGAUUGCAAGAUCUUUCUGAGAGGAAAGCAACAUAAAAGAUUCAUUUGUUGUGCGA